CCUGAGAAACUCCAAACAGUGUUCUUGUAGACUCCCCCUCCUGACGUCGUGUCUGCAGUCCUCCCCUCAGCUCCUCUGUCUGCACACUGAACCGGACCGGACCGAACCGAACCGCUGGGAGACUGACGGCUCUGCUCGGCCCCCGGCUCUUCGUGUCCUGCUUGAUUUGAAACUUUCUCUCCAGUCAGGAAGGACCUGGGUGGGAGGUCGCUGCUGCUCGGAGCUUUUUUUCUGAAUCCAAAGUUUUCUCUUCUCGCCUAAAGUGAAAGCGCCGGACCAAACGGACUCCUCCGAACUUUCUUCGGUUCCGCAUCGCAGUGGACAUGGUUUGGGUCAGAUGGGGCCUCCUGCUCUCCUUCGGCUUGUUUCUCUCGCCUGUCUGUAACUCGGCGGAGCGACAGCAGAGUCGGAGCGGCUUCAGGAGGCUGUAUGUGCUGCAGCCCGCUCCCGGGCCGGGACCGGGACAGCGGCCCGGUUCGGCUGCUGGGGAAGGCGCAGUGCGCCUCAGCUCCAUCUCUACGCGCCACGGCCCGUUUGGAGACAACUUGGCAUACAACGUUGAAGUCACAGGAAAGUUCGGCGGCCAGGUUCGCAACCGCAGGAUGGGGAACCCAGCGGCUGCAGCCCCUCAGCAGCAGGACCAGAACCAGAACCAGCUCAUGAAGCUGUCCGGUGUAAAUGUCUGUGGAGGACAGUGCUGCCAUGGAUGGAGUAAGACUCAGGGAUCGCAGAGAUGCACAAAGCCAAACUGCUUCCCUUCCUGCCAGAAUGGGGGAAUGUGCCUGAGGCCUCAGCUCUGCGUCUGCAAACCAGGCUCAAAGGGGAAGGCAUGUGAACAGACCACGGUGGCGGUGCCCUCCAAUCCGGUGAUUCCUGGGAGAGAAACCAACGGCGGCCACACUAAUGGAAACAACGUGGUACCGCAGAGGCCCAUACCUCAGCAGGUGCCCAUACCUCAGCAGGCGCCCCCUAAUGGUUACACCUCUUCCAAUAACUUGGCCCACAUGAAGCUAACGGUCAAGGCAGCCCCCCAGUUUGUGAGACCCCAUUAUAUCCAGCAACAUAUCCAGCAGCAAAUCCAUCCUGCGCCAAUACACCCUGGACAGAGCCAGCAGUACGUCAUCAAGCCUAAAUACUACCACACACACACCACACACACACAGAUGCGUGUUCAUCCCCAACCUGAGCGGCCAAUCCCUCUGACAGUGGGACACAACUCCCUCCAUGCACUGGGGAACCAGACAGGAAGGAUCAAGGUGGUCUUCACACCCACCAUCUGCAAGGUGACCUGCAUAGGAAGCAGAUGUCACAACAACUGUGAGAAGGGAAACACCACCACCAUCAUCAGUGAGAACGGCCACACCACAGACACGCUGACAGCUCCAAACUUCAGAGUAGUGGUGUGUCACCUACCGUGCAUCAAUGGGGGUAAAUGCAGUGCCAGGGACAAGUGCCAGUGUCCUCCAAACUUUGUGGGAAAGUUUUGCCAAAUGCCAGUUUAUGGUGGAUCCCAGCAUCAUCAUCAGCAGCAUCAUCAUCAGCAGCAUCAUCAGCAGUCCUCAGCAGCCUACAGCCAGUCUCAGAUCCUCUCUACUCAUAGCCUGCCGCUAACAUACAGUCAUGGACAGAACCCUGUGUUCAGCUCAGGAACGGUCAACAUUCACAUCAAACACCCUCCAGAAGCCUCGGUUCAGAUUCACCAGGUAUCCAAGCUGGACAACUACUCCAUCAACGGGCAGCACGGGUCCAGCUACAACUAUCACCACUCUGAAAGCAGCCAGAAGAUCCAGCAGCAUGGCCACCCUAACCAGCAGGGCCAAAAGGUUCUCCAGUACCACCAGCCUGCCACCUCCAAGAACACACUGGGCCGCUGCUUCCAGGAGACCACAGCUGCCAUCCCUCUGAUCAACUGUCCUCCAGGAUAUAAGAGGAUCAACAGUUCGCAUUGCCAAGAUAUGGAUGAAUGCCAGCUGCAGAGUGUUUGCUCUAAUGGAGAGUGUCUGAAUACUCUGGGUAGUUACAUGUGCACAUGUAAACCUGGCUACAGCCCCGACUCCACUCUCACCUCCUGCAUACCCAACACACCCACCAUCCAGGAAGAAAAGGGUUCUUGCUUCCGCUUGGUCAGCUCGGCAAGGCAAUGUUUACACCCGGUAUCUGCCCAGCUGAGCAAACAGCUUUGCUGCUGCAGUGUGGGCAAAGCCUGGGGCCCUCACUGUGACAAAUGCCCCCAUCCUGGAUCAGCUAAGUUUAAAGAAAUCUGCCCUGGUGGAAUGGGCUACACCAUUUUACCAAACCCUCCUGUAAACAAACCAGUGACUGUGAUUACGGAGCCACAGGAUUGGUCAUCCUUUCAACCCCUCCCAACACCAGAGAAACCAGUGGAGGCUUUUGGGACAACAGAGGAGAUUCUACCAGAAGUUGUUGAAAAGACGUCUCCUCCUGCACCAGUGAAGAUCCUCCCAUCCAACGCAGGGCAGGACAUCGCACCCACGCAAUUUGCAGAGGUGGAUGAAUGCCAGAUCAACCCUGACAUAUGUGGACAAGGGGUUUGUUACAACACAGUGGAGGGCUACACCUGCCACUGUGACGUAGGAUACCACCUGGAUGACAGCCAGGCCACCUGUGUGGAUAUUGAUGAGUGUGAAAACAAGACGGUUUGUCCUUCAGGGAUUUGCUACAAUGAGCCAGGAGGCCAUAGCUGUGGCUCCUGUCCUGAUGGCUUUGUCGGCCAUGAAGGUCACUGCAUUGGUAGGUCUGACCCUGUUCAUAAAGUCUGUCCAAAUUGUUAUCCUGUGCUUUCCUGUCAUGUUUGCAUCUUACUGACAAUGUGGUAAGAUAACCUUUGUACCACUUCAGAUAUAGACGAGUGCCAAGAUGAGCGAGUGUGUAUCAGAGGCCAGUGCCUGAACACCGAAGGCUCCUUCCUGUGCCGCUGCUCGCCAGGCUUCCGGUUGUCCUCAACUGGAGACGAGUGUGAUGAUGUGGAUGAGUGUCAGGAGGAAGCCUCUCCUUGUCAGGAUGUGGGAGAGUGUGUGAACAAUGUCGGCUCCUACACCUGCAUCUGCCCUGAGGGUUACAAACAGAUCAGCAGCACCAAUUGCACAGAUGUGGAUGAAUGUGCGGAAGAACUUUGCUCCCCUCAUGGAACGUGUCUGAACACUGAAGGCUCCUAUCUGUGUGUGUGUGACAGUGGAUUCGCUGCCAGCCUUCAUUCGCCUUCUUGUGAUGACAUUGAUGAGUGCGGGCUUAACGAAACACGGUGUGGACCCCACGGUGACUGUGAGAACAGACUGGGCUCUUUCUAUUGUCAUUGUGACCAAGGCUACCAGGUGGCUCAGGAUGGCCAGACCUGUGAAGAUGUGAACGAGUGCGAGCUUCUGAGUGGUGCGUGUGGAGAGGCAGAGUGCAUGAACAUGGACGGGUCCUUCCUCUGUGUGUGUCCCAAAGGACAGGAGUACAACGUUGUGAUUGCCAAGUGUGAGCCCAUCCAGACAGGCCCUUUGGUGGAGCGGAAGGAUUGCUACUACCAUCUUAAUGAUGAGAACCUGUGCGAGAGUGUGCUGAGCAGCCAUGUCACGCUACAGGAGUGCUGCUGCACUCUGGGAGCAGGGUGGGGGGAUAACUGUGAGGUAUACCCUUGUCCUGUUAACGGUACAGACCAGUUCAACCAGAUGUGUCCUUCUGGAAGAGGUUUUAUUCCCAAUGAAGAUUUGUUAUAUGGAAUAACCCUCCCUAACAGUUACAAAGAUGUAGAUGAAUGCAAACUGUUUGAUAAGGAGGUGUGUAAAGGUGGCUACUGUGGGAAUACAGAAGGAAGCUAUGAGUGCUACUGUACCAGCGGACACUACUACGAUCCAAUCAAGCUGGAAUGUACAGAUGUCAAUGAGUGUUUGGAUGAGUCCAUUUGUGGAGGGGAAGAAUGUUUGAACACGGAAGGUUCAUACAUUUGCUUAUGUAAACCCCCAAUGGUGCUGGAUCAAAUCUCUAAUCUCUGUGUCGAAGAUCUCCAGCUGCCUGAGCAACCAACGAUGGAGAUGCAGAAUUAUGAGGAGAUCUGCUGGCAAAAAGUAACAGAAACCAAGGUGUGCAUGGAUCCUCUGAACCCCUACAAAAAGACAACCUUCACUGAGUGCUGCUGUCGGUACGGAGAGGGCUGGGGAUUGGACUGUGCCUUAUGUCCGGACCGAAACUCAGAUGACUAUGCGUCCAUGUGUAAUAUUCCUUUGGGUGGGAGGCGGCAGCCAUACGGUCAGGACGCCCUCGUUGCCGGUUCAGUCCAUGAGUACGAAGUGGACCCAGACUACUUGACUACAAGUGAUGAGAAGAAUGUCCAAAACUUUUAUGAAAAUGAAGAGUAUCGUUACAGUGCAUUUGAGGGCUUGCAAGCAGAGGAAUGCGGGAUUCUUAACGGAUGUGAGAAUGGCCGGUGUGUCCGGGUUCAGGAGGGUUACACCUGCGAAUGCUUUGAAGGAUACACACUCGACCUGUCCCGUAUGGUCUGCGUCGAUGUGAACGAGUGCUUAGAGCUGAACACCCGGAUGUUGUUGUGUAAAAACGGAAAAUGCAUCAACACUGCGGGCUCCUAUCAGUGCGAGUGUCUCCCAGGCUACAGGGCUUCUGACAAACCCAACUUCUGCGUGAAGUCAGACACACAUCAAACAUCCACACACACUCAGUGAGAAGAGGUGGAGACCAGUGGGGAGUGAGGGCCACAAAACCUUCACGCACAAGCUCCUUAUUGUCAUACUAAUGAGGACAUCCAUCAGUAUCCACAGCACUGAGUAGGAGAAGCAACAGUUAGCUUUCCUAUUCACAUGGUUCAGAGGAUUUGAACAUAAAAUCCCUAAUAUUGCUUUUCAUUUCUAUCACCAUGGACGGUUUAAUUAUGUUUUUAACUGCAACAUAUAAACAAACAGAGAACCAGCUGCACCUUCUAUCUUUGUAAAAUUAAAUUAUUAUGCCUGAAAGAUAAAUUGUUGUCCAGUUAAGUUUAACAAAUAGAUUUCUUGUCAUUUCUUAUGGUCAGAUAUGGUGAAAAUUAACUCUGUUCACCAAGGCUUUAAUGGAAAGGAUGUUUCUGAUUUAUUUUUGUUGGAUUUUCUGUUAAGUUUAAAAUUGACUUUGGUUUAAACAGUUUAUGAGAAACGAUGGAGAAUUAUGAAUAAAGUCGUAAUAUAAUGACAAUAAAGUCGCAAUAAUAUUAAAGUAAAAUUGCAGUAUUUUCAAAAUAAAAAGUUAUUUUAAUAAUACCAAAGCUUCAACAAAAUGAUCAACUAAGAUUAACCAAAAUGCAGCCCGA